AUGUCGAUUCUUGAUGAUUUCAUUCGCGCCUCCGACCGUGUAGUCGAGUUCCAGGCGUAUUUCGACAAUCUUUCUUCGGAUAGUCAUUCUCUUCAUACCUUGGAAGUUCAGAAGGAUGAGAUAGUUCGUCUUUGGUCAGAAUUUAGGUCACGUUAUGAUGAUAUCUUGAAUAAAUUCAAUGAGUUAGAGGAGGACGUUGAUAUCGCAACCUUAAAAUCUAGAUUCUUUUCAACUUUCGAAGCCCAUGUCAAGGUUUUAGCAAAGUCGAAUGAGAUUUUAGAUUCUUUAUGCCGUAACACUAGCUCCCCUGUAUCUGCAAACCCUACACCUGGCCCUAUAGUUGAGAAUACUCCUCAUAUUUCGUUGCCUCCGUGUGAUACUGAGAUUUUUCAUGGCGAUUAUCAGUCAUGGCCAACAUUUCGCGACAUGUUUACAGCUUUAUACCGAAACAGUACCCGUUUAUCCCCCGUUGAGAAGAUGUGUCAUUUAAUUAAGAAAACCCAAAGUGAAGCCCGAGAACUUCUGAAGACUUGUCCCAUAACCAAUGAAGGUUUUGAAAUGGCGUGGCGUAAUCUGGUCAAUCGUUAUGAGAACAAGCGGAUUCUUAUCAAUGCACAAUUAAAGAUCUUAUUCAAUAUUGCCCCAGUUACAAAGGAAACUCCCAGCAAUAUAAGGCGCAUUCAACGAACAAUAAACGAUUGUGUCACAAAUCUAUCUCUGUUGAACAUCGAUACCGAGAACUGGGACAUCAUUUUCGUAUACAUUUGUUCGACUUGUCUACCCGAAAAUACCCUCAGCCUCUGGGAGCAAUCCUUACCAAUAAGCACAGAGUUGCCAACGUGGAAGCAAAUGGACACUUUUCUAACAUCCAGAUUUCAAACUCUCGAAUCAGUUGCCGACAUUCGUACCACCUUUGCAAACCCUAAUACAUCUCAUCCGACUAAAUCCAAUAACUCAAAGAAACAGAAUUUUCCAGAUAAAAAGAAAGUAAAUAGUUACAACACCAGUGUUUCUACCGGGAAAAAUAUUAAGUGUUCAAUCUGUUCUGGCGCGCAUCCCCUUAGGCUUUGUCCAUCGUUUCUUUCCAUGAAUGUUGAUGAACGUUAUGCUGUUGUAAAGAAUCAAAAAAGAUGUUCCAAUUGUUUAGGGACUUCUCACGAAUGGAAGAAAUGUAGAAGUCAAUAUGUAUGCCAUUUGUGCAAGCGUAAACAUCACUCGUUGCUUCAUCGCUCAGAGAAUACAACCCCGCAAGCAAAUUCCCAAACAGUAAAUAUACCACUGAAUCCAAACCCGAGUAAUACGUCCGUAAUUAACCCCCGUUUAACGUCGAAUUUAGAAGGAAACCCUACCACUUCUGCUACAGCGGCAAUGCAAAUGCGACAAACAUACUCCACGCAAAUACAGUCCACAUCAAAUUCUACUGUUUUACUCGGAACCGCUCUUGUUGACAUUUAUUCAGAUGAUCUUAAGUAUACCGUUCGUGCUUUAAUUGACUCUGCCUCCGAAGCAACCUUUAUAUCGAAAAAGCUUCAAAAUAGACUUCUAUUGAAAACCCGAUCUUCUCAAACUGAAGUUCAUGGUCUAAAUGGAGCUCUAACUGCCACAUCCACUCAAUUAUGCUACAUUCGCAUCGGAUCACCCAUAGAUAACACAUUCGAAACGUUUACAGAUGCUUUCGUGGUUAAAAAACUCACUGGACAGCUCCCUUAUUUCCCUUCAGCAGCCUUAAAAGAUAGUGAGUUUUCUGAUCUGAGAAGAGCUGAUCCUUAUAUUUCCAGCUGUUCGGAGAUUGAACUACUCCUUGGUGGAGACAUUUACCCGAAAAUCAUACGAAGUGGUCUUCGAUGGGAUAGUACGCAAUCUUUAGUUGCACAACAGACAGUCUUUGGAUGGAUUAUCACUGGCAGAAUAUCGUCUUGCAACAAUGUCUCCUCAGUUUCGUCUUUUUAUAAUGAUAUAGCCUUAAAUCAACAACUCCAAAGGUUCUGGGAAAUCGAAGAAGUCCCGAGGAGACCACGACUCUCAGUUGAAGACUUACACUGCGAAACGGUAUACCAAUCGACAACAUAUCGCAAUAUUAGUGGUAGAUUUGUAGUUUCGUUGCCUUUCCGGCAAGAAUACCCCGAUGAUAUUCAUAUCGGCCCAUCUCGUCAUAUUGCUCUUUCUCAGUUUCUCCGCAAUGAAGCUAGGCUUAUGAAAAACUCCCCCUUAAAAUCGGAAUACGACCGAGUCAUUUCCGAAUACUCAACGCUCGGUCAAAUGACCAAAGUCAGUCCAUCUAACGCCAAUUCGACAUACUAUAUGCCCCACCAUGCGGUGAUAAAACCUGAUAGUACUACCACGAAGUUGAGAGUAGUAUUCAAUGCGUCAAGUCCUUCAUCCAACGGUAACAGUCUCAACGAUUUACUUUAUCCCGGUCCUAUUCUCCAAGCAGAUUUGACCAUUCUGAUCCUACGUUGGAGACUUUUCCGAUAUGUUUUCAAUUCGGACAUUGAGAAGAUGUAUCGUCAGAUUCUGGUGAAUCCUUCUCAUAUCCCGUUCCAACGCAUAAUUUUUCGAAAUUCCCCCCAAGAUGAACCUCAAGACUAUGAAAUGAAUACCGUAACGUUUGGAGUUAAUUGCGCCCCAUAUUUGGCCAUUCGGACACUCCUUGAGUUAGCUAAAUCCUGUGAAAAAUCCAAUCCAGCAGUUUCAAACAUCCUACGCAACUACAUGUACGUUGACGACGUGUUAGCCGGCGCAUACACACUUUCGACUGCCUUAAGAGAUCGAGAUGAAUUAAUUGAUGUUCUUCAAUCCGCUGGCUUCUCGCUUCGAAAAUGGACUGCAAAUCACGACUAUAUUCUAAAAGGACUUGCUCCUGAUCAUCUUCUAGAUACAGAGUUCCUGAAAUUGUCAGACUCUUGUACAGCUAAAACCUUAGGUUUACGUUGGAACGCCGGAACGGAUCAUUUUUACUUUCAACUUAAGAAUAACCCCGAUCGAAACUCAGUUACAAAAAGAUCAGUUCUAUCAGAAAUCGCCAAGCUCUUUGACCCCGCUGGUUGGUUUUCCCCCAAAGUAAUAGUAGCAAAAAUCAUUAUGCAACAGAUCUGGAAAGAUGAAACAAAUUGGGAUGAAGAACUUAAACCAUCAACGUUGCAACAGUGGCACGAUUUCCUCGACGAUUAUGUCAACAUCGGUAAGAUCCAAAUUCCUCGAUUCGUUGACUUUGACCCGUCUUACUCGAUAGAGUUACAUGGUUUCUGCGAUGCUUCAGAGAAAGCCUAUGCCGCUACUUUGUAUUUACGAGCAGAAAACCUUGGUUAUGUCUCUUCACAUCUGCUAGUCGCCAAAACGAAAGUGGCCCCAGUCAAUAUCAUAUCCCAAUGUCGUACGUGUAUAAUACAAAAGCGUCAAAAAAGUCAACAAAUUAUGGCGGCUUUACCCCCCGAAAGGACAACACUUUCGCGACCAUUCGCUAACACCGGUGUCGACUUCGCUGGACCGUUUAAUAUCAAAACCUAUGUAGGUCGAGGAUGUAAGGUAACAAAGGGUUACGUACUGGUUUUUGUUUGUUUCUCUACCAAGGCCAUUCAUCUUGAAGCCACUAGUGAGAUUUCUACUCAAGCUUUUUUAGCUGCUUUUGCACGUUUCUUCUCCCGGCGUGGUUGUCCAAAUACCCUAUAUUCGGAUAAUGGUACUGCUUUUGUUGGCGCUUGUCACAUCUUGGACGCAGAUAAAACCCAAUUUCUCUCAUUGGUACGACGAAAACUGCUUGAACUACAUUGUUUCACUCCACUAGAAUGGCAUUUUAUACCGCCAGGUGCACCUCAUAUGGGAGGUCUUUGGGAAGCCGGAGUGAAGAGCUUUAAGACGCACUUAAAACGAAUAUCUCACAGCCAGAAUUUUACUUUUGAAGAGUUCUCCACUCUGUUAGCUCGUAUCGAAGCUUGUUUAAACUCAAGACCACUCAGUCCUAGUAGUGAAAACCCCACGGAUCUAUGUGCGCUAACCCCCGGACAUUUCCUUAUCGGUAGUCCCUUAUUAUCUCCCCCAGAGCCUAAUCUAACAGAUCACUCAUUGAGUUAUGUUAAUCGUUGGCAAAAACUAAAGGUUCUUCACCAUCACUUUGCGCAGAGGUGGAAAGAGGAAUAUCUUAAAGAACUUCACAAACGUUUUAAGUGGAAAUUCCCCCAGCGUGAUUACGCUAUCGGCGAUUUAGUCGUCGUUAGGCAAGAUAAUUUACCCCCCAAUCAAUGGCGACUUGGUCGUAUUGAAAAGGUUGUUCAUGGUUCGGAUCACCGAGUCAGAGUUGCCGAAAUACGAACUGCCAACGGCAUCGUUACUAGGCCAAUCGUCAAACUAGUUUUACUCCCCAAUACCGAACAACGCAUUUAA